AUGGAUAGUCCGCAAACAGAUAUGAAAAAGGAAAAUAUAACCUCCUCCUUUUUGGAAGUCGUGUGCUUUAUUCAACAAAGCGCUAACCAAGAAGAUGAUCUAUGCUACUCAUAUAGAACGAUAGACAAUCGUACAUUUGAUACUUCUCCUAGUCCAGAGGAAGAUGACACUGAAGAGGCUAAAAUUGAGUAUGGUGAUAUUCCGGUGCUCAACAGAAAGAUAUCAAAAGCGAGGCGAGUGACGAUCAGGGAACACCCCUACAUUGUGAGCAUACGAAGAAAAUACUCACAUUACUUGACUGGGUCUCUUAUUUCGAAAAACCUGGUGCUUACCGUGGCCCAUCCUAUCGUCGACGUGCCAAUAAACGAGUUGGGAGCGGUCGUGGGAGAGAACUACAGUGAUCGAGGCAUCAUGUUGCUGACCGUCAUCAUAGUGGUCAUCCAUGACGAGUUCGAUCCGUAUACCCUGGCUGGUGACAUCGCGAUACUGCGGUUUUAUGAGGAGGUGGAACCGAGAUCAAACAUCAAGCACAUACACAUAUCUUCGAAGCUUUUCAAAGAGGGCACUGCUAUAGUCACAGGUUGGGGAAGAUGUGAUUUCACGGGGAAAGAACUCUGUUUGCCACGCUCAUCAGAGUAUUACCCAGAAGAAAUAUUAGAUCCAAUGCUAAGAAGCGUAUCGUUCCCAUACAUCCGUGAUAACUGCUUUUGUAAGUCAUACAAACAGAACGGCGCUCCACUCAAGAAAGGCAUGAUCUGUUUGGGGUUGGCCAGCACGAAGCAUGAACCAUGUCUGGCGGUGCCUGGAGCUCCUCUCGUGGUUGAGGGCAACAUGGUUGCUCUCCAGUCCUGGGGUUACGGGUGUGGUUACCCCCUCAGCCUACCCCUAGUAUACACGCAUAUCUACGAUUACUUGGGUUGGAUCAUAAACAACAUCGAAGUAAUGCAAAAAAUUGAUAAUGACAAAAGUGUGAGAGCCUUAUUCAAAGCUACCAGAGCCUACACUUUGCUUACCUGGCUGAAGCGAUCGAGACCAUUUGGACACAACGAUACGAUACGGGACGGUCCGCUAGAAGCCGCUAGGAUAGACAAUCUACUUGCCCGACUGGAUGGAAAGGUGUAUGACAUACGCGACUACAUUCGUAACAAAACAUAUCAGAAAGCGAAGCAGAAUAUUCUCAAUGACAUCCGAGAAAGUGAAGGCCCGAGACCGGUGCCUAUUUUCCGUUUCAACCCUGAGUAUAUUAUAAACGAUCAAUGUCAUUAACAAUAAUUAUUCUAAUAACAACUAUUAUUUAAAAUUAAUUAAUUAACCAGCGACAGUAAGACUUUCGUCACUUUAUAAAAGCUGAAAGUUUGCUUGUAUAUGACCACUAUUAUAUAAUAGAGGUAAAUCGACCAGCAACUUCACUAUAGAACUACGGUCGCGGUAACUUUAGGAUGUAUCCAGUUCUGAAGGUCUACUUAACCUUCCAUAUAAUAUAACU